AUGGACAGUCGGCAACUGGAAAGCAGUUCCAGUGAGUCAGAGCUCGAUCUGCAUGAUGUAGAAGAAAAGAUACGAGACAUAUUGCCAAACAUCAAGCGCCGUCGUCUUGCAUCAUUCCUUGAGUAUCUUCAGAAAAUGGGUGUCGAGUCUGUAAAUGACCUAGUCUACAUUAAUGAGAGGGAUAUUUCUCAGACCCUCACACCGAUUGAAGCAAGAAGGCUGCUAGACCAUUUGAAUUGUAGGCCCCCUGUUGAAAGUGGCUCCCAAAAUCGUCCCGUCAAAGCAACACUCGAACUUGAUGAUUCAUCAUCCUCAAGAAGUUCAUCAUCAUCAGCAACUGAUGAGAGUAGCCAAUCCAGUGUGGAAAUUGCUGUGGGAAACCCAUUCCCAUCAAGGUCAUCUGCUGAAACAGGUAGCACCCGUGUUCCAUGGCAGAAGAUGCCCAGACUGCUGAUGGCAGCAUUAGAGGCAAAGAGAAGACCAGCGCCAAGUCUUCGCAAAGAGAUGAUACGCAUCAUUGUAGAUGAUCUGGAUAAACCAUCUACAUCACUUCCCCGCACAAAGGUGCUGCGCGCAUUAAGUUCCGAAAUUGUUCAGAGGUUUCCGGAUUCUUUCAUUGAUGAACUUGGUGGGGAGAAAGUUGGAUCUGGUUAUGACAGCCUGCUCUCACAAGCAAUGCUGAACAAAGCCAACUGUGCUCUUCUUGAUGUAAUUGAGGACUGGCCAUAUCUCUUUGAUGAGAAGUUUAUGCUAAUGCACUUCAAGGAGCUAGUUGGUACUGACAUCAUGCACAAGGUGCAAGAAAGCUUCAAGGACAAAAUUCCCAAGAUUCUGCGCUUCCUUAAGCAGCACUCUUCAUGUCUGCGAAACAAACAACUCCAGGAUACACUCCAGCAACUAGAGGCAGCUGUUGAUGUAGUGGGCAACAAGUCACCACAAGUGAUUGGCUUAAUCACUGUUUUGUGUGCCUACUUUGGUGAGGACAGGGGAUGCCACAUCCUUUCUACGGAGGAACUUGAGAAACCUGUUUUCAACAAAGAGGACCUACCCGGAAAUCCCUGUCUGCUUGUCAAUGGGAAGCUACUAGAGGCCAACAAAUGGUCACUUGCUAUUGGACAGCUGACAGUCGCUGAUGUGGACAACCCCAUUACCGCACUCUGCAUGCUUUUCGGCAGUUACUACAUCUUCAACCUACAGUAUCCGGCUACCUCAGCGGGAGUAAUGGAGUUUAUUCAAAGAUGCUUGGUGGGAAUCAAUCCACAGGAAGGAACUAAGGGAGGACAGAAGAAGACAGCGGUACAUGCAGGUCUCUUGAAGCUCACUAAUGCACUGAAGUCCUUUGAGUGGAAUGUGUAAACUCCUACAAUGAUAGAGACACGCCACAAAUCAAGAUGCCACAAAUCAAGAUGCCGUGGAUUAGGGGCUAACACUUAAUGAUAAAUAUUCAAAAAUCGCUAAAAAGAAAUUAUGAAUGGUGCACAUUGUUGGAACGAAAACUGGAAUAAUCCAUAAUUUUGAAAGCAAAUUGUCUGUUCUCGAGGGAUUAUCCGGUUGGGAACCGACUGACAUUUUGCACUGAUUAACUGCGGUAUAGAAAACCUUUUUCCUGUUCUUGCACUUCUGUGUAAAUGAGGUGUUUGUUAUUGACAUUGCCAAAAAGGUGGAAUUAUGCUCUGAAGAAUAAAAUCAGGUUUUAAACACAGCAAUUUCUAAUCGAAAGAAAGUUACAAGAUUGAAACAAUGAGGAAAGUAAAUCUCAAGAAUACAGAAGGAAAAAGGAAGUUGAACAAAGGAAGUAAGUUCAACGUCCUUUUCCCUUAUAUAUUCUUGAGACUUACUCAUGUUGAACCUUUCAAAAUUAAUCUGCCAGUAAACAAAUUUGUUACAGGAUUUGCAAAUGUUUGUUUUGUAAAUUACUAUUCAAUGAUGUUAGACCCUGAUUAGAUGGUCAAGAUGAAAAUCGAAAGCUUUUGAAGACUUUUGGUGGUAAUAUGUUGAACCUUUAUAAGUUUGUGUUAGUGCUAUAUUAUGGUGAAUUUUCAUGAAAAGUAUAUUUCUUAGAGUUCUUUUCUUGAUAAAUUACCUCCACAAAACAAGUUUUCCAAGUGUUUAAAAAAAAAAAGUUUCUUUAUUUGUGGUAUUAUGAAAAGUCAUAGUUUGGUUAGUUAAGCCGGUUUAAAGUAAAGCAAUUAUAUAGUUAAAACUUUUACAUAAAACAUUGCUUUUCAAAAUAAUGCACAAAGAGAUCAAUAAUAUCACAAAGUUAAGCUUUAAAAAAAACUUUCCAUGUUAUGUCAGUACUUAAAUGUUUUCAUAAAACAGCUUCCUCUCAGCCACCCGGUUUUGUGAUAUUACAAUCACAUUAAAAUUAAAAUCAAGGUUUUAUAUCCUAAGUUUUAUUGAAACAAAAUCAUCCUGUUAAAUUACAUUGUUGUGGCAUAAAUAAACCAUACAGGGACUGUGAGAAACAACUGUUGUCUGUUGAAUUACAAUCACUGACGUGUUAUAACGAACUGUCCCCGUGAGAUAACAGUUUUUGUCUGUUAUAAAACGGGAAUCGGUUCCAAAAUGACGGUAAAUCCUGAUUAUUUACUGGAAUAUUAACGUUAUUAUAAAGGAACAAACUUAAAUUACAAUAUACAUAAUGUGAGAUAACAGUUUUGGGCACUUGUAAAACGGGACUUGGUUGCAAAUUGACAGGGUAAAUACCGUUACUUUAAAGGAACAAACCGUUAAAUUACAAUAUACAUAAUGUGAGAUAACAGUUUUGGGCACUUGUAAAACGGGACUUGGUUGCAAAUUGACAGGGUAAAUACCGUUACUUUAAAGGAACAAACCGUUAAAUUACAAUAUACAUAAUGUGAGAUAACAGUUUUGGGCACUUGUAAAACGGGACUUG